GCAGCAGUUCAUGUCAGCACACCACAAUGUCCGGUUAUCCAAGUGCUUCUCUGGUCACCUUUGCGCUUUGUUCCAUUCUUUGCCUGAAUGGAAUUGAAGGCAGUCAUCUGAGGUUCCCAGGACCCGCGGCGGGAAGGUUUCUGCAAAGACAGGAACAAGCCCCAUAUCCACCAGCAGGCCUGGUCCCCGAUCCGCCAUUCGACCUGCCAACGGAGGAGGCGGUUGAAUUUCCUCAACCGGAGGAUACAUAUGGCCCUCCACCUGAAACAUACGGACCACCGUCUUUGGUGGAAGCGCCAGCUGAGGUCUACGGCCCACCGGACCAAAUUUAUGGACCUCCCGAUCAGACCUACGGACCUCCAGACCAGCCAGCCAAUGAUGACAGCUCCAACACAUUGCCACAAAGCGCAGCUAUAAUUAAUUUGGCAAGUCUGCCGCUACCACCCCAGGCUCAGUAUGUUCUGCCGCUUCUGAACCGACUUUCUGCCUUCCGCCCGCAGCGUCCGGUUCUGCGGACUCCGCAGCGACGGCCGGCUAAGCUUACGGUUCGUCGUCGGCCAGAUGCGGUCAAGAUUGUGAAUGCUAUUAGGCCUACUCCAGUGUUCCCAUCGACUCCGCAGGCUUUGCCCUUCGUGGAUCGCCACAUUCCUUUUCGCCCACGGCCAUCUCGCCUGAUAGUCAAUGCGCCUUUCAGACGCCCAUCCAGGCAAUAGACUACUUCUUUCAGCACUCCAAGCAAUGUCAUGAAUACACUGUAAAUAAAGUUUGUUGUCUAUGUCU